AUGAGGGCCAGCACUGCUUCCAAGGCGUUGCUCCUGCUGGCGCUCUUUGCGCUAGCCAGCGUGCAUGCCCAAAUACAACGGGAUGAUGGCACCAACCGACAAGAACUGGAAGAAGAGAGCUCCGGCCAGUCCCGCAAGUUCCUGAUGUCCAAGGCCCGCACCGCCGCGCUCGCUGCCGAGAAGAAGUGGAACGAAACUCACCACCCAAAGACCGGCAAAGCCCCCGCCCCCGCUCCCGGCCCGGUUAAGGGUUCCAUCAAGAACCCGACGACUACCAAGGACGGCCUAGCGGAAAUCUCGGAGCUUACCGUGAUUAACGUCGGCGCCGGGCUGGUUCCGUUUCCUGUGCCCAAGCCCGUCGGCGCGGGAGUCAACGGCAAGGGGAACAACGGCAAGGGAGCCCCCGCCCCCGCCCCGGUGGGGCGAGUCAGUGACAUCAAUAUCACGCAGGUUGCGAUUGUGGUCCAGAACGCGGGCGUGAAGGGCAGUCUGGCUGAGAUCGAGGAGGCCAUCAAAAACGGAACAGCGUCAGGAAACACGCUCGGGGCAGUCCUCCAGUCGCUCGUCCUGGGCGUCAACGCAACAGUCCCCAGCGGUGACGCUUUGGCAACCGGCUGCGUCUGUCCCUUCGUGUACAACCCGGUGUGCUCAGAGGGCAUCACCUUCUCCAACGCCUGCUUCGCGGGAUGCGCCAACGCGACCAACGUCACAGACGGCGCCUGCGAAAUAGCCACCCCCAACCCUACCGCCCCGGCCCCUUGCGACCCCGUCCCGUCUCCCUCCCCGGUCCCGUCUCCCUCUCCUUCCCCCUCCCCCCUCUGCGAGGGCGGCAGCGAGACCCCCACUCCCGGGUCUCCCAGCACCCUGGGCGUCCAGGUUCCCAACGCCGCCAGCCCCCAGCCCUCCGCCUCCCCCUCCGCAUCUCCCGAGCCCUCCCCUUCGUCCCCGGCUCUCCCCUCCGCCUCCCCGGUUCCGUCCCCCUCUAGUUCCCCGGCUGCCUCUCCCUCCGCCUCCCCCGAGCCCUCCCCUUCCUCGUCCCCCUCCCCUCUCCUUCCCCGGUCCCUUCCCCGUCGAGCUCCCCGUCCCCUCCCCUCCGCGGAGCCUUCCCUCCCCCUGCCUUCUGCUUCCCGGUUCCUCCCCUCCGCCGAGCCAUCUUCGUCCCUCUGCCGUCAGCAUCCCGCUUCCCUCCCCCUCUGCGGAGCCUUCCUCGUCUCCCGUCCCCUCCCCCUCCGCUCAGCCGUCGGCUUCUCCGGUCCCCUCCCCCUCUGCGGUGGCGUCUCCUUCCCCCCUCCCCAGCCCGAGCGCCGUUGCCAAGCCCCCCAGGGGCAGCAACCCCGGCGGCACCCCUCAGGGCAACCCCGUGACUGA